AUGGAUGGCGACAACAGUGAUAGCGAGGAAGAUGACGAAGCUGAGCCGCCUUUACCCAGGCCCAGACCUAGGCGGAGGAGGAGUGUAAUUGAAUACGGGGAACAUCAUUCCCUCAAGGCCUCCGAGAUCAACCUCAAGGAUAGCGACGAAGCUGUGCAACAAUCCGACGGCCAGGACAGCCGUCGUCUGCGCCGCAAUAGGGAGGACGAGGAUGCCUACCAUCCUUCUUCGGCUAGCGAAAGUGGUCUGGACGAGGAAGACGGCGAUAUUCGCCCGCCGCAACGCAAGCGCCUUAAGAUAAGUACUCCUACCAAGCCAACCUUUAGGACGUCCAACGGACGGUGGACUCGUUUGAAUGGCACCUCCGGAUCGCAACAGGUCCAAACAUCGGCUUCCGGUCGGAUGCGCUCUGGCCGGCGCAGCAUACCUAGCCCGCCCUCGUCUCAAGGUUCCGGCAAUGAAGAUGUGAGCGCCCAGGUCCCUACGGCAAAGUUCGAGGAGUAUGCGCUUGGGGACGUGGUUCGCAAGCGUGUAACGACGUACGGCCUGGCGACUUUCCAGUUACAGGUUGUCUGGGACUCCUGCGUCAACCACAGACGCAAAAACCCUACGACUGAACGCCUCCAGUACCAGUCACCGGUCAAGAAGCGCCCUACUACGAAGCGAGGCGUGUCAACAAGAGCUCGCUUUACGCCUGAAGAAGACGAUCUUCCAGUCAAGCUUAAGAACCAAGGGCUUGCCGUGGCAGGAUAUUCACGACUGUUCACAGGUGCCUUCCCACAGCGAGAGCGGUGUGUAGGCUCUCUCCAGGGGCGAUAUUGUACGAAGCUGAAGAGAAGCGAUUGA